AUUUGGUGAUAUACGACAAUAAAAACGUUAGAUAAGACGUGUUCCAAUUAUCAAUACAUUCAUUGACGAGGGAAGGUGAAGUGUUUAUUGGUCAAAAUUUAGGUCAUACGGUCUGGUACAACAGUUAUCUCAAUUCUCAGUUGCGUGAAACUAUUGGUGAAGAGUGAACGUGCGCCUGCGCAGGUCGUGUUGCCUAGUGAGUUUCACACAACAAGCAUACAAUAUCCUAUGUAUUAUUUAAGCUUAUUUAGACGUGAAAAAUGGUCGAGGUUACAAUAGAGCAGGGAAAAUUGGAGGGAGUCAAAGUUAAAACUGUCACAGAUGACUGCGAAUAUUACAGUUUUAAGGGUGUUCCAUAUGCAGAGCCUCCAAUUGGAAAAUUAAGGUUUUUGGAAACCCAACCUGUAAAACCAUGGACUGGAACCAGAAAAGCCACAGAGCACGGACCGAUCUGUCCACAAUUUGACGUUUUCGCUAAUGAGAAGAAAACUGGGAGCGAAGACUGUCUCUAUCUCAACGUUUACUCUCCAGAUAUUUCACCAAAGACUCUUCUUCCCGUGAUGGUAUUUAUACACGGAGGGGGAUUAAAAUGUGGUUCGGGAAACGACGACCACUAUGGACCCGACUUUCUAGUCAGUCACGGUGUUAUCUUAGUAACCAUAAACUAUAGAUUGGAUGUCUUUGGUUUUCUUUGCCUAGAUACAAAAGAGGUUCCUGGAAACGCUGGAUUUAAAGAUCAAGUCUUAGCAUUAAAAUGGGUUAAACAGAAUAUUCGGACAUUUGGAGGAGAUCCCAAUAAUAUCACAGUCUUCGGUGAGAGUGCUGGUGGACUUUCCACUUCUUUACAUGUAUUGUCUCCACUAUCUAAAGGUCUCUUUCAAAGAGCUAUCGUAAUGAGUGGUUCCCCUUUUUGUGAGUGGGCCCUAUCAUUUGAACCAAGAAAAAGAGCAUUUGUGCUCGGCAAACAAUUGGGUUUGGAGACCGAGGAUCCAGAUAAACUGUUAGAGUUCCUUCAAAGUAUCCCAGUUGAAAGAUUGGAAAACACAACGCCAUGCAUCUUAAUAUCUGAACAACAAAGCGAUUAUACAAAAUUCUAUCCCUUUACUGCAGUUGUGGAAAAGGAAUUAGGCCAAUCGGCUUUUAUUUCUAAAGACCCAGAAGAAAUUGUUAAAAGUGGGAAAAUCAAUAAUGUAGACGUUAUAAUAGGAUACACUAGCAACGAGAUGAUUAUUACCUUAUUAGACUCAAAUAUUAUACCGAGAUAUCAAUUGUAUGAUGAACUGUAUGUACCCCGAAAAAUUAUAUACAAUUCUACGCCUUCGAAAAUCUUACAGAUCGCUGAUAAAAUUAAAAAACACUACGGUAUACCAAACGCUGAAGGAAACGUUUUAGUUCAGAGGACUGUUAAAUUUUUGUCGGAUUUCAUAAUGACACAUCAUAUUCAGAAAUUACUAACACUCCUCGCUAAUUCAGGAAAAAUUAAAACAUAUUUUUAUCAAUUUUCGUCGCAAUCCGAGAGAAACGUUAUUGGAAAACUGGGAGAAAAAUUUGGAAUUACUGGUGCAGCUCAUAUUGACGAUCUGAUGUACUUGUUUAACGCAAAUACACACUACAAUCCAUUAAUCAAAGGAACUAAAAGCUACAAAAUGGCUCAUCAGUUCUGUGCCUUAUUUACGAACUUCGCUAAGUAUGGAAAUCCCACUCCUGACGGCUCAAUGGGUGUUAAAUGGCCCGAAUAUGACACGAAAAAUAAGGGUUAUUUGGAUAUCGAUGAGAAACUGACAAGUGGAACAGCUCUCCACGAAGAUGUCAUACAAUUUUGGCAAGAAAUAUAUAACUUUGCUGGCGUUCCUUAUUAGACGUGCGUUAGAAUUAAUACUCAUUUGGCGUAACAUGUUUUUUUUAUCUUUCGCCUUAUUCUACGUCUGUAAAAAAAACUACACUGACAAUAGAAACAUAAAAACGACUGGUGCCGGCAGAAGUGAAAAUAUUAAAAUAUUUUGUGUGGUAGAAUACAAUAUUUAUUUAUUGCGCUAUCGUACACAAACAUGACUAUCUACUCUCCAUCCGUCUUACGAAUUUUCCAUCAGGUCACGUGUCCUGAUACAAGUUUAAUAUUUUUACCCCUUCCAAAAAAGUGUACAACGCCGCUAAAGAAGUUUUCACUUUAAAAAUAAAAUGCUGAAUAUAUCUUACUUUAGGGUGUCGGCUUUUGUUUCCCAAACGCCCAAAUGACGUAUAACUUAAAAAAAUUAAAAUGUAAUAUUAGAAUGCUUUAAUCACAAACGUGUGAUUUAAUCACAAACUAAUGAAAUUUAGAUACAAUCAUGUAAAAUAAGGUUGAUUCGUUUCCAGAUAUAAAUUGCCUCACAACAAACACGGAAUGAAACUACAUAAUGUUUAAAACUGAUAAGUGAUAUCAGAUCAUUAUAAUUAUAAUACUACUUAGUUUAUAAACCUAUUUUAUUUUUGACAGGACAAAAACUUUAAGUGCACCUGUAAAUCAUUAGCAUUUAUUUAAUUAGUGUAAUCAGUCUUGUAUAUUAUAAUAUUUUUUUUGUUGUUAUCCAUAUGCUAAAUUUAUACUUACGGCAUAUUUUAACAAAGAAAUAUUAAAGUUAGUUUUAAAACUAUAUCAUAAAGGAUAUUCCUGUAAAAUGUCAAUUAAGAAUUAAGUGGGCAAAUAAAAUAUUGUAUUCGUUAUUAAUAACAUAGAAAAACAAAGGAUUAUAUCGACUUCUUUAAAAUAAAGCAUUGCCGGGUUCUUAAA